CGCGGCCGGGAUGCAGGGCUCCCGCGGGCCGGGGAGACCCCAUCGGGGCGCCUCGGUGCCUGCGGGAACUCGGACGCCCUGCACCCAUUUCCUGGGCAGGAAGGCUGAGGCUGGGUCACAGUCUGAGUGUCUUACGCGCGCGCACCCGGGUCUAGGAAAGAGGCGGCGGGUCCCUCCCGGGCUCUGUGCGCUCAGAGCCCGCCGCAGUCGCCGGAGCCCGCGGAGGUUGGGGGCUCACUGGCCCCAGCCCCGUUACCGGCUCCGUGUAGCCCCAAAGGGGCCCCUGAGGCGGGUGGGACGGCAGUCGCAGCCACCCAGAGCAGGGCGGUCCCGAGUGCGUUCCCCGUGGGAGUGGCGGGGGGGAGGGAUGCGCGCCCACAACCGAGAAGAGACAGGGCUGCUGUGUGGGCGCCCCAGAAAGUCGGUGGUUUCGAGUUUGCUCCGUUGAGGAUGUUGAAGACGUUGGGGAGCAAGGGAGCCGGCCUCCCAGCCCCCCGCUGGGUAUGGAUCUUGGCCCAAGUCCCUGUCUGCUUCCACCCCCAGGGUGGCCAGCCCUGCCUUGCCACCCUUGUCCCUGUCCUGAGCCUGCUGGAGUCCCCUCCCAUUCCCAGGCUCGGAUGUAGCCGUCCCGCCUUCUCCUGCGCCCCUCCCUCAGUAUCAGCUGUCCCACUGGCUUGGAAACCAUACUGGGGGACUGCGCAGUGUCUUCUUCCGACAACCCCUCCCCCUUUCAGCCCGCCAGGCUUGGAGCCUCCUCUUCGGGACCUGGAAGAUUUAGAUCAGACUUUCUGGGUCUCACCACCCCCAGGCCCCGGGAGGCCAGGCGAGGGCGAGAGCAGGGCGGUGGGUUCAGCAGAUUCCUUCUGAGGCUUCCGCCCCUGCAGUUGCCCUCACUCGCACAGAUGAAGGAACAGGGCCGGGGACCUUGCUCCCUGCCUCCGCGCCCGGCCCGCGGCGGUCUCCUAAAGGGGUGCUGAUAAGGUUCCUCUCCCAGGCCAGUGGCGUUCUCGAGCUCCGGGUGGCUUUCAGGCCAGUGCAGGUGUUUGGGCGGCAUCCGCAGCCCCGUGGUUGGCAGGACUCGGCCACCCCCGCCCAGCUGCCGCAACCCCUGCAGCCGCCUGGGGGGGAACAACCACAGUCCCUGCUGUCUGCAUCCAGACGCCAGAGGGUCCCCAGCGCCACUUCCAGCCAAACUGCUCUGAAAUCGGGGUGCCUUUGCCUACCUCCUCCGGGCCCUGGGGUGUCUGAGGGCAUCAAGUCUCUAGGUCUGGGCUGGGUGGUAGUACAACCAGGCUCCCACCUUCCAGCUGUGAGGGGCGCCACGGGAGGGUUCCUGGGGGUCGAGCCCGCACACUCAGGGCGUGGAGCUCCUGGCCCAGCCAAGUGCGUGUGUCUCGCCCAGGGCUGUUCUGAAGUUUCUCGCCGCCCACCCAGAGGAAGCGGGCCAGGUGCACACUCCGGCUCUGGCUUGCACCACCAUGCCUCCGCCUCUCCCUGCUCCUCUGGGUUCCCCGGCAACGGGGCACUGGGCAGGGGACGUGGCUCCCCAGCCUGGAGUCCCAGAGACAGCAGGGCCCUGGUAUCCGACCCGGCGCGUAAGGAGCAGAGGAUGCUGCCCCCGCCCUGAGAGACCGCCCCCCACCCAGGGAAGGCCAGGACGCCUCCAGCCUGAGUGAGAGAAACCUUCCGGCCUCCUGCCCCCGACUUGCGGGCCGAGGGCGGUCUCUGGUGGCCUUCGGGGGAAUGACACCUCAGCGCAUCAGACCCGGAGAUGCAGGAAGGCUGGGAGACCAGCAGGGAUUUGCGGGGAGGAGGGAGGACUCCCCUCCACCCCGCUCUGCACGCUGCCCCCAGGGGCCCACUGACUGGAUAUUCAGGUCUAGGGCUGCCAGUGAGGAGAAGGGCCCCUUUGUAAGUGUGACCCAGCUUCUGCCAGACAGAGCUGUGCCCAGCGGGUCUCUUGUGCGCUGGCUGUCCCCGGGAGGGGGCUCCCCAGCCCAGCCUGCCCGAGCCUCAGAGGAGAACAAAGCACCGGAUUGAGGCCUGCCGCGCCGGUCCAACGGUGGGCUUUCAGGCCUCGGCGAGCGGGACAAAAGAGCCCCGUGCCCUCCUGGGGUUGUCGACUGAGCCGCAAGUCCUUCUGGGCCCGUUUUCAUUAUUUUAUUUCUGAGUAGGUAAUACCCACAGCAGAAUAUUCAGGCCAUGCAGAAGGGUCUGCAGGGACCGUUGUCUCCCUCAUUUCCUGAGGAUCCUUCCAGAGGUUGUCUGGGCAUGUAAAAGGGCAUGGGGACCUCGGUCCCUUAUUUCUACGGAUGACAACCUGCUGCCCACUGCCGCGCGUCCUGCGGUUUUUACUUCCCAGUCUAUCCUGGAGAACGGUCCGUGUUGGAACGUCUCGGUCCUCCUGGUUCUUUCUUUCCACCCGUCGCAUUUCACUGCAUGGAUGUCACGUCCAUUAGCCAGACCCCCGCACGGACAGGCAGGCUGUUUCUAAUAGUUCGCCAUGGCCAGGAGCUGCCAGGACGCCCACUUACUGCGACGAGUGGCUGAGCAGGUUUGGCUACCUGCCCCCAGCAGACCCCGACACGGGGCAGCUGCAGACGCCAGAGGAGCUGUCCAAGGCCAUCGUGGCCAUGCAGCGGUUCGGAGGCCUGGAGGCCACUGGCGUCCUGGGUCAGUUCUCAGGGUGCAGUGGGAGAUGGAUAAGGCCACCCUGGCGCUGAUGAGAACCCCGCGCUGUUCCCUCCCUGACCUCCCAGCCGCAGCCCCGGCUCGAAGGAGGCGCCAGGCUCCGGCCCCGACCAAAUGGAGGAAGAGGAACCUGUCAUGGAGGGUCCGCACGUUCCCGCGGGACUCGCCCCUGGGCCGCGACACGGUGCGCGCGCUCAUGCACUACGCACUCAAAGUCUGGAGCGACCUCACGCCCCUGAACUUCCACGAGGUGGCCGGCAGUGCCGCCGACAUCCAGAUCGACUUCUCCACAGCUGACCACAACGACCGCUACCCCUUCGACGGCCCCGGCGGCGCGGUGGCCCACGCCUUCUUCCCGGGCGACCACCACACCGCAGGGGACACCCACUUUGACGAUGACGAGGCCUGGACGUUCCGCUCCUCAGAUGCCCACGGCAUGGACCUGUUCGCAGUGGCUGUCCACGAGUUUGGCCACGCCAUCGGGCUGAGCCACGUGGCGGCCACACGCUCCAUCAUGCAGCCGUACUACCAGGGCCCAGUGGGUGACCCGCUGCGCUACGGGCUCCCCUAUGAGGACAGGGUGCGCGUCUGGCAGCUGUACGGCGUGCGGGAGUCCGUGUCCCCAACGGCACAGCCGGACACCCCAGAGCCCGAGGAGCCGCCCCUCCUGCCGGAGCCCCCUGAUGAUCGCUCCAGCACCCCGCCCAGGAAGGAUGUGCCACACAGAUGCAGCGGCCACUUUGACGCGGUGGCCCAGAUCCGAGGCGAGGCCUUCUUCUUCAAAGGCAAGUACUUCUGGCGGCUGACCCGGGACCGGCACCUGGUGUCGCUGCAGCCGGCACAGGUGCACCGCUUCUGGCGGGGCCUGCCGCUGCACCUGGACAGCGUGGAUGCCGUGUACGAGCGCACCAGUGACCACAAGAUCGUCUUCUUGAAAGGAGACAGAUACUGGGUGUUUAAGGACAAUAACGUAGAGGAAGGAUACCCGCGGCCCAUCUCGGACUUCGGCCUCCCGCCGGGCGGCGUCGAUGCUGCCUUCUCCUGGGCCCACAAUGACAAGACUUAUUUCUUUAAGGACCAGCUGUACUGGCGCUACGAUGAGCACACACAGCGCAUGGACCCUGGCCACCCCGCCCAGAGUCCCCCGUGGAGGGGCAUCCCCAGCACGCUCGACGAUGCCAUGCGCUGGUCCGAUGGUGCCGCCUACUUCUUCCGCGGCAAGGAGUACUGGAAGGUGCUGGAUGGCGAGCUGGAGGUGGCGCCCGGGUACCCGCAGUCCACGGCCCGGGACUGGCUGGUCUGCAGAGACCCGCCCGCUGACCCCGAGGGCGCAGACGGAGAGGCCGGGGCCCACGCCCGGCCGGGGCAGCGCGACCGCAGCCGCUCAGAGGACGCCUACGAGGUCUGUUCCUGCACCUCCAUCGCCGCCGCAGCACCGCGGGCCGCGGGCCCGCUGCUGGCCGCGCUGCUGAGCCUCCUGUGGACAGCGGCCCGGGCCCUGGCGCUGUGACGUUCGGCGCUGGCCUGCGACAGGACAGAAGGGGCCGCGGUCCAGAGCCACAAAGUGCAAGGCCUGAUGCCCGCCCCUCCAGCGCCUGAGCCAAGGGUCCCUGCAAAGCGGACCCCGCCUCGCAGAUGGGGACGGCGCCGCCAGCCCCCCAGGCCGAGGCCACCGGAUGCAGCCCCCCCGACUCGGCAGAGGCCAGCAGAGGGCGCUGCUCCCCGGGCGCGGAUGCAGGGGGAGCUCCCGCCUGGCCUGCCUGCCCUCUGCCAGCUGGGGAGAUUGCGUCACGUCCCGGCCGGGUCGGGGCCGGAAGCCGUCCUUUCAGCGAGCGAGUGACUGAAUCUCACGGAGAUUGACCGAGGAGCCAGGGGUAGGCGGGGCUGGGGGCGUUACGUCAGGUCCGCAGACCCUGGCAAGAGCAGCCUGGAGGCCCACGGGCACCCCCUCCCCUGCCGCAGAGCCGCCCCUGGUGCUUCCGCCCGCCCGUGGGGCUUCCUCUCUUGGUCCCAGUGGGCCUGCCGGCUGCCUUGACCAGGGCAGCCGCCUCCACGGGCGAGCCCCCAAGCUGGGGCCGUGGUGGGCUUCCCUUGUGACGCGUUUCAGACAAACACGAUCUCUUCCUGCUUUGUAACGGCUCAGGCUCGGCUCCCUGACGCGCUCAGGCGGUCCGAUGGUGGGCGUCCUCCGGGGCCUCUGCAGCCCUGGCCCCAGACCACCUGCACUCUGGGGUGGGGGGCCUCCAGGGAGGCCUGUGCAGUGGUCACCAACACGUUCCUGCCCAGCGCUUACUUGACGACUCCAUGACCCCUGGGUCAUUACACCCAUUUCACAGAUGGACAAGCUGAGGCCCAGCUCAGGGAAACGAGCCUCCUGCCCGCAGGCAGGGGUCGGGCCGGGUCAGGUCCCAGGACCUGGGGUUCUGGCACGUUCGCCCAACCCUCCCUGAUGGACGGAGUGCCUACCUGCACGUGCAGGUACUGCUCUCAGUGCGGGACGUGCAGAACGAGACAAGGUUUUGGGUGAGGCACCUGGGACGCUGUCUGCCACCCCGAAUGACCCUGAGGGCCUCCCAACAGGAAGUGCAGGGAGGUGGCUCCGUCCCAUUGCUCCUUCUGCUUCUGGCUCCAAGGCCAGGAUGGCAGCCACCACUCUCCCACCCGGAGGGGCAAAGAGUGGGAGCUGCACCCCCUUCACCCGGGAGGGCGACCUUUCCCAGAAGCCCUGGCUGCCUGCCCGCUCUCACUGGCAGGGAGCGAUUCAUCAGCGCUUCUGGGGGUGCGUGGACGUGGGGGGGGUGGUCCUUGCCCAUCCCUGUCGCAGCCAUAGGUAACCCCAAAGGUAGGGUCACCUGGGUUGAGAACCUCUGGUCUAGAGGAAUCACCACCCCUCCCUGGGGCUGGGGCGGGUGAACACCUGCAGCAAAAAUGGUGUCGGUUAGGAAGAGGAGAGUAGGUGAUGUGAGCAUCAGGCCAUAAGGGGGUGCGAAGAGCCCCUGCAGGGGCCGCUUUAGAGCAGGGGUUCUCCAGGCGGGAUGCCCAGGCCAGCAGCAUCGACAUCACCCAGAGCCGGUAGAAAUGCAGAUUCUCGGGCUUGGCCCUACCUGCUGAUCAGAAGGCUCGGGGUGGGGCCGGCCAUGUGUUACCCUCCCCCCUUUCUGUGAGUGUGAUACACGGGGAAGUUUGUGAACAGCUGCUUUCCAGGGGGCUCCGGAAAGGCCGCCUGAGCCGGGGAAUGAGCUGAAACAGAGAAAAGGAGGAGUUGGUUGUGCAGGGAUCUGAGGGAAGAGGCCGGCCGGG